GGUGGUUAAGAAGAAAAAAAGGUGGUUCCCUUGCUGCACCGGGCUGACAGCAGCACAGCGGAGAGCCGCACAGGUAGCUAGCAGCAGCGCCGGAGGCUCCCGUUAGUCUACCUAGCGACACUUCCCUCUCUGCGUGAUACGACGGGAGUGUGCGGAGCCUCGGCGAAUCCAGCCCGCAUCAUCAUACCCCGCUCAGGUCACCUUAGAGCUCGCCUACCGGCAUUUUCCAUCUCCCGUCUCCGAAGAUGAUACCUGGCAAACGAAGAGCUGCAGUCAUGUCCCUCUCGGUGGCGAUAUUUGGAGCCCUGAUGCUGCAGUCCGUCUCUUCCCAGAACGCUGGCUUUGUCAAAUCACCUUUUUCUGAGACUAAACUCACUGGCGACACCUUUGAGCUGUACUGUGACGUGGUGGGAAACCCCACCCCAGAAAUCCAGUGGUGGUACUCUGAGAUCAACCGAGGCGACUCCUUCAGGCAGCUGUGGGACGGCGCCCGUAAGCGGCGAGUGUCCAUCAAUACAGCUUAUGGCUCCAACGCCGUGAGCGUGUUGGGUGUCUCUCAUCUCACAUUGGAUGAUGCUGGGACCUACGAAUGCAGAGCGAGCAAUGACCCGCGACGUAACGACCUGCACCAAAAUCCAGCCACCACCUGGAUCCGUGCUCAGGCCACUAUAUCGGUGCUGCAGAAACCGUCAAUCGUCGCCUCCGAACACACCACACUUCCUGUGGAAGGCGACUCGUACACACUGCAGUGCAACCUGACCAGCGCCCACAGUGCACACCAGGAGAGCUACUGGAUGAAGAACGGGGAGGAGAUCCCUGAAACACGCAGCCCAAAUAGGAACACUGAGUACAAGCUGACCAAACCAAGAGGAGAUGAUGCCGGAGUCUACAUGUGUGUCUACACCUUCAAGACGACUCCUCCAGCAAAUGCCACCAUCGAAGUUAAAUCUGCUCCUGAGAUCAUAGGCCACAAGCGCAGUGAGAAUAAGAACGAGGGCCAGCGUGCCAUUCUUUACUGUAAGUCUACGGGCUAUCCUCACCCCAUCUGGACCUGGCGCAAGUACGACAACGGCAUGCAUCGGGAAAUCGACAACUCAAGCGGUCGCUUCUUCAUCAACAGCAGAGACAACUACACCGAGCUCCACAUCGCCAACCUGGACAUUAAUUUAGAUCCAGGCGAGUACCACUGCAAUGCCACCAACAUGCUCGGCACCCGCGAUGAGAAGAUCGUGCUGAGGGUCCGCAGCCACUUGGCUCCCUUAUGGCCUCUGCUGGGGGUUUUGGCUGAGAUCAUCAUCCUGGUCAUCAUCAUCGUCGUUUAUGAGAAGCGCAAGAAGCCCGAGGAUUUACAAGACGAUGAUGACCCAGCAGGUCCCGUGAAAACUAAUUCAACCAACAACCACAAAGACAAGAAUCUGCGCCAGAGGAAUACAAACUGAGCAGUCUGUCUGCUAAGUUUCAUUACACAUGUAUUGACCAUAUGAAGGUAAACAAGAAGGGAAUCCAUACCAGUUGUUAAUAGGAUGUAUCUUCCAUUAUGAGUAUGGUUAUGGAGGAGUUCAAUGAGGCAUGCCUUAUGAUUUUAUUGUGUGAGGGUGCGAAUAUGGAAUUGUUAACAUUAUAACCAUUGUUGCUGCAUGCGGUUGUUGAUAAUUUUUUUUUUCCCUCUUAUCCACUAAUUUAACAUUUUUACUACUUCUUAAAUAAUGCAUGCAAGAUGUUGACCUUCUGUUUGAUACAGAAAUGGCUUUUUCUUUUUGCUCUUUUCUCUGAGAGUGGCUUCAUUUAGAUGAUCUGUGCCGUGCGUUCUAGAGGAAAAACAAAACUCGGCAAUGUAAAAGAAAACGCCACCGUGAUCUGGUAUGACAGCUGUGUACAGUUUUAUCAUUCCACUGCAUACCAUUUUAUCUGAAAAUAUUUAUUACAUUUUAAGGGCUUUGCAACGUCCCUCUAAAUUUGUUUAAGAUUUAAUUUACUGUAUGUACUGUAUGUAUUAAAUCACUAUAACUAUGUAUCAGAUCACCAUUAAUAUAAAGACUAUUCAUAUGAUAUGAUGCACUUAAAUGUUGAGGAUAAUGACAAUGUGUAUAAACCUACUUUAGGAAAACUGUACUAAUCAUUCUAACAUAUUGUUUUAUAAUUGUGUGUAUUGUACAGCAUGGCUAUUAUCCUAUGCAAUUAUUAUCCAUAUCAAUAUAUUGAAAAUCACUGCAGCUUUUGAUUUCUCUGUGACAAAGCUUUAAACUAGUAGGAUCACCGUAGAGCGUCGACGGCAUACUACACGGCUGCAUGAAUUCUCCAGCUGACGUGGGAGGCGGUGAAAGAAGCCCACGUCAGGACUGACACGUGUGAAGCAACUCCAAGAUCCCCCGACUC